UCUCUCUCUCUCUCUCUCUCUCUCUCUCUCUCUCUCUCUCUCUAUGUCUCUCUCUAUGUCUUUCUCUCUCUCCCCCUCCCUCUGUGUAUAUAACAGCAUCUCCAUGCUUUCACACACCACUCAGUUCAGUUCUGCAGAGGGGAUGGACACAGAGCGCAGGAGCCUACCACCAAAUAAGAAAUCAGUGUGACUGAGAGACAUAAAACAACUCCUUCUUUCAUCCCUCUUUCAUCUGUUUCCAUCUCCACAUAGCUGUUGCUCUUUUCUCCUUUCCCUCCUCUUUGAGCUCCUCUCCUUUUUUUGGACGAUAGCUGCAUCCAUGCAGCAUGGGUUGUGGCAAUUCCUCAGCCGCCAGCACGUCAGGAGGGGGACCUGCAGAAACUUCCAAAGAUUUGACAGAAGAACCCUCACCAGACGAUGAGAAAAGAAGGAACUAUGGCGGGGUGUAUGUAGGUCUGCCAUCUGACAUGACCACUGUGGCAGCCAGCCAGUCCAAGUCCACAGGCAAAGACUAAAAUAUAUAGAAAGGAAUCAUUGACAUACAACACAGGACUGUAGAUACAUUAUUCAAAACAUACAGGGACAUUCAAUUCACACGUUGAGAGGAGGAGUGUGCUCGGAUUACUGGUUCCCCAUCACAAUACAGCCUUCGUAAGAGUGAGAGACCGUUCCCUGGCCCGGGCCAUCAGGCAGAUAUGAGGUCAGCCUACUUGGGCCCUGAGGAAACUGUGUCAGAGUGGCACCAAGUGGAGGCUCAAUGGACACCUUUUUCUGAGGAUUCUUUGCCCUUCUUGACACUCACAUAGAUCUGGACAGCAAAACCAGAGCAGUCGGUGGCCGUGGGGAGAACGUGAGCAUUUGGACCAACAUCCUGGACUAUAGGUCAAUGUUCUGGAGCAGCUUCUUGGGCUCAGGAAGAGACGUGAGACAAACACAGCCACUCUGAGACUCCUCCUCGACAGGCUGUGCCAGCGGCGGACAGGGACAAGAAUUCAAAUUUUAUCCACACCAGCCCACAUCACUGCAAGCACUGCCAACUCACCCCCAGUUACAGUUGGUGGCACCAGCCCAUGAUUUGGUAGGACCUAGAUCAUGAGUAAUCAUCUCAAAAAGUAAUUCAUAGUGAUUUAUUAAGAAGUGUAAUAAGUUGUUUCAUCUAACGCAUCCAAGCAGGAAUGCAUGACUCAAGAUAUUUUGUGCAUAAUCCAGUGAUUGUCAGGAAUUGUGUUAGACUAUAGUUGCUAUACUCCACUGUCAAAAUAGGACUCCAGUGCCUCCCGAGUGGCGCAGCAGGCUAAGGCACUGGAUCACAGUGCUAAAGGGGUCACUACAGACCCAGGUUCAAUCCCAGGCUGUGUCGCAGCCAGCUGAGACCGGGAGACUGACGAGGUGGCACACAAUUGGCCCAGGGUUAGGGGAGGGUUAAGCCGGCUGGGAUGUCCUUGUCCCAUUGCACUCUAGCGACUCCUUAUGACAGGCCAGGCACAUGCAUGCUGACUUCAGUCAGUUGUACGGUGUUUCCUCCGGCAGUGGGGCUUGGCAGGGUUGUGUUUCGAUGCAUGACUCCGGAGUCCGUACGGGAGUUGCAGCAAUGGGACAAGACUAACUACCGAUUAGGGGUAAAAAAAAUAAAUAAAAUAGCACUCCAGAAUGUAUAUUCUUUCAAUAGAAAUUAAUUACAUAUAUCUUUAUGUGAACUAAACUACAGACAUAGGCUAAUUAAUUUGGGGUUCAACACCUGAGGAAGUGGAAACUCAAAACACAUUAAAAACCUCUACGGGAUCGGUGUCCCUAUAGUGGGACAGUUGAGGCUAACAUGCGCUAAUGUGACUAGAAUGAUGUUGUAAGUAACAGCCAACUUUCCAGGACAUAGACAUGUCUUAUAUGGGCUGAAAGCUUAGAUUCUUCUUAAUCUAACUGCACUGUCCAAUUUACAGUAGCUAUUACAGUGAAAAAAUGCCAUGCUAUUGUUUGAGGAGAGUGCAGAACAACAAAAAACUUUUAUCACAGCAACUGGUUUGAUACAUUCACCUCUGAAGGGAAAUAAUGUACUUACAUUCAGUAAUCUUGCUCUUAUUUGUCAUCCUGAGGGUCCUGGAUUUUUUUUUAGCAUAGUUUUGUUUGAUAAAAUCAAUUUUUUAUUCAAAUGUAGGAACUGGGUUCUGUAGUUUGAACCCCUGCUGUCUCUGGCUCCACACCCACCCCGCCCGGCCAUCUAGAUGUGUGAAAGUUAGUGUAUAAGAUAAAUGAUCCAUCAUGUAUGACAUUCCUGGGUAUGUAAACUUACAUUUUGUAUUACCAUAUCAUUUUUGUAUGUUCUCUAUAUUUAUGUAGUUGAAAAUGUAUCAAUUGACCAAUUCGGCACAUUUGGGCAGACUUGAGGCAAAAUACUGUGCAGUGUAGCAAUGCUUCAUUGGCUCAAUCUGAACUUUACACACAAGCUGCAUCUAAUGGCCAAAAUCUAAAUCACGCCUUAACUGCAAUAUUAUGGCCUUUUUCUUGCAUUUCAAAGAUGAUGAAAAAAAAGAAAAUGUAUGUUUUUUGGUUUGUAUUAUCUUUUACCAGAUCUAAUGUGUUAUAUUCUCCUACAUUAAUUUCAUAUUUCCACAAACUUCAAAGUGUUUCCUUUCAAAUGGUAUCAAGAAUAUGCAUAUCCUUGCUUCAGUUCCUGAGCUACAGGCAGUUACGUUUGGGUAUGUCAUUUUAGACGAAAUUAAAAAAAAAAAAAGGGUCUGAUCCUUGAAAGGUUUUAACUAGAUUGCUAACUCUAAAUAUAAUACCCACUGCUAGUAGCCAUGUAUUGAUCCAACAGUAAAUGUUAUGUCCUAAAAUAACUUUGCAGUUGUAGGCUACUACCCAUGAGACCUUGCAAUGGCCAGUGUGCAUUUCAGGCACGUGCUGCUCCAUGGGCUCUAUUUUAACAAACCUAACACAAUGGUGACUCUAAGUGCAUGCAGUAGUGCUAUAGGUUCAGGGGUGUAUCAAACAUAUUUAUACAAUUUUCACUAUCGCAAUUAUUGGCACACUUGCUGGCGUUGGCGCAAAAGGGUUGAGUUUUGAUGAACAAGCAAGUUGUGGGCGUGUUGAGGCUUGGCCCCGCACUGGCCAAUCAGAAUGUUCUCUAUGUUGAAAUAUGUGGUUGCUUCAGGUUGUGUAUUUACAAACGUUUAUGUAUUGCCUUGGAAUCAACUUCAAUUCCAAUGUUAGUCAGUUAUAGUUUGUUAAUUGGCUAACAGGAACAAAAUAACAAAAUGUAGACCUAUCCCAUCUUUGCUAAAUAGGCUAACUUGAACCCAUUUGCGGUCAACAUUGUUCUAAGUAAUUGCAUGGCAUUCACACAGAUAUAGGGGCCAGGCCUACUGUAAAUUGCAUUAUUGUUGUCAAUAAGCAAGAUUAAUUUCAUUAUUGAUAAGGCCUAAAAGAAAAACAAAUAAUUAUAAUCAAAUUCUAAACAAAACAACUUGUGUUAAAUAGGCUAUGUCAGACUUAAAGACACAAUCAUUUCUCCCUGUUGGCAUAUAAUAUUAAAAUAAUGUGGGCCUGCCUACAAUGCAUAGAUUAAAAGGGAAUGUCAGCUCACUGUUUUAUUCCUCUCAAACUUGAUAUUUUAAUAUAGCUUUGGUGAUUAAGAUUUUUAUCCAAGCAGUCUCAGGAGCCAAACCCUUUAUCAAAAGUCUUGACUACUUCGCGAUUGCAUUGGGCAGACUAAAAAAGCCUUUAUUGAGAUGAGGGGAAGCUAUGCUUGGUUUUUAAUAAAAUAAAACAAAAUGGGGAAAGAUUUUUUUUUAGAAAUGUUUCAAACCAUUAAAAGCACAUUAGUCUAAUGUUGUUCCAUGCACAAAUGGGCAAUGUGCAUCACGGCUGGAUAGGCUGCGUUUCUACUGUCAAAAUGCAUGCCAUAACCAACUGUGUUACCGCUAAAACCAGCUUUUGAUUGGUCUUAAAUAUCCCUAGCAGUGCUGCCUGAAAAUAGAGCCCCAUAUCCAAUAUCUUGGUUGUAAAAUAGUUGCUAUUGAGCUGAAUAUUGAGAGUUGAGAAAUAUAAAAGAUGCCUACAGAAAGCUGAGACCCUCCUCUCCUCAACAGGGACAAGGGGCAAAGAUCCAAAGCUGUGUUUCUCGCAAUUACAAUGUUUUUAUGUUAUACAAUCAGAUCGAAUUUUGAGACAGGGAGACAGGGGCAGGUGCAGGGCACACUUUCAUUACAGGAAUCAUGAGGAUAAUGCAUUUUAAUGUUUGACCAAAUCCUGGUUUUAGACACCCCUGAAAUUAGGACAUUUUGAGUGAGGUGACAACGUAGAAUGUGCUCUUUCUACGUUUAUAAGCACCCUUUCCCUUUUUUACGAUCCAUGAUCUUGUCUGCCUAACUGAUUUCAGAAUCGGAGCAGGUCUCUUUGCUGAUCAAUGUGAGUUACUGAGUUUGUGAUCUCAUCUCAGUCGAUCAGAAAACCGGGCCGGCCAUUGCCCACAGAUCAGCCAAUGGCUCAUUAUAGAUUAGUAUAAGAGAGAAAUUGGGCAAACAUUUUGAAAAAAUAUCUUAACAGGCCGAUGGGCCAUGUGCCAUGUCACCUUUUUCUUUUUUUAUAUACAUUUAUAUAUUAGCACCAGUCAAUGUUUGGACACACUUAGUUAUUCAUGGGUUUUUCUUAAUUUUUUACUAUUUUCUACAUUGUAGAAUAAUAGUGAAGACAUCCAAACUAUGAAAUAACACAUAUGGAAUCAUGUAGUAAGCAAAAAAGUAUCAAAUAAUUAUAUUUUAUAUUCUUCAAAGUAGCCACCCUUUGCCUUGACGACAGUUUUGAACACUCUCAGUAUUCUCUCAACCAGCUUCACCUGGAAUGCUUUUCCAACAGUUUUGAAGGAGUUCCCACAUAUGCUGAGCACUUGUUGGCUGCUUUUCCUUCACUCUGCGGUCCAACUCAUCCCAAACCAUCUCAAUUGGGUUGAGGUCCAGUGAUUGUGGAGGCCAGGUCAUCUGAUGCAGCACUCCAUCACUCUCAUUUGGUUACACAGCCUGGAGGUGUGUAUUGGGUCAUUAUUCUGUUGAAAAACAAAUGAUAGUCCCACUAAGCGCAAACCAGAUGGGAUGUCGUAUCACUGCAGAAUGCUGUGGUAGGCAUGCUUCACAGUGGGAACCACACAUGUGGAGAUAAACCAUUCACCUACUCUGAGUUUCACAAGGACACCACGGUUGAAACCAAAAAUCGCAAAUUUGGACUCAGUCUAAAGGACAGAUUUCCACCGGUCUAAUGUCCAUUGCUCGUGUUUCUUGGCCUAAGCAAGUCUCUUCUUAUUAUUGGUGUCCUUUAGUAGUGAUUCCUUUGCAGACAUUCGACCAUGAAGGGCUGAUUCACACAGUCUCCUCGGAACAGUUGAUGUUGAGAUGUGUCUGUUACUUGAACUCUGCAUUUAUUUGGGCUGCAAUCUGAGGUGCAGUUAACUCUAAUGAACUUAACCUCUGCAGCAGAGGUAACUCUGGGUCUUCCUUUCCUAUGGGGGUCCUCAUGAGAGACAGUUUGAUUGGUUAAAAGCAUCAAGAAGCAUUAACAAGGCACGCCUGUUAUGUGAAAUGCAUUCAAGGUGACUACCUCAUUAAGCUGGUUGAGAGAACAUCAAGACAAAGGGUUGGCUGUUUUUAAGAAUCUCAAAUAUAUUUUUAUUUGUUUAACACUUUUUUGGUUACUACAUGAUUCCAUAUGUGUUAUUUCAUAGUUUUGAUGUCAUUACUAUUAUUCCACAAAAAAUAGUGAAAAAUAGGUGUCCAAACUUUUGGCUGGUACUCAAAUCAAUGCGCUGAAUAUAACACCAUACCAUGAAAUGCUUACUUACAAGCCCUUAACUCCAUUUCUUGAACAGCAUUGUUGGUUAAGAAAAUAUUUAAGAAAUAAACUAAUGUAAAAAAAAUAAAAAUCAAACCAAAAAGUAACACAAGAAAAUUACAUGCAAAAACGAGGCUAUAUACAGGACUCCUGAGUGGUGCAGCGGUCUAAGGCACUGCAUCACUACAAUCCCUGGUUCGAAUCCAGGCUGCAUCACAACUGGUCGUGAUUGGGAGUCCCAUAGGGUGGCACACAAUUGGGCCAGCGUCGCAGGGGUAGGCCGUCAUUGUAAGUAAGUAUUUGUUCUUAACUGACUUGCCUAGUUAAAUAAUAAAUACAGGGGGGGUACAGGUUAGCUUAGGAAAGUGACUAUGCAUAGAUAAUAAACAGCCUGUCAGGAAGUCCAGGAGCUGUUUAGUCCAGGGACCUUAGCUUAGUGAUGAGCUUUGUGGGCACUAUGGUCUUAAACACUAAGCUGUAGUCAAUGAACAGCAUUCUCACACAGGUGGUUUGUUUUUGUCCAGGUGGGAAAGGGUAGUGUGUAGUGCGAUUGAGAUUGCAUCAUCUGUGGAUCUGUUGGGGCGGUAUGCAAAUUGGAGUGGGUCUUGGGUUUCCUGCAUGAUGGUGUUGAUGUGAGCUAUGACCAGCCUUUCAAAGCACUUCAUGAGUUCCAACGUGAGUGCUACGUGGCGGUAAUCAUUUAUGCCGGUUACCUUUGCUUUCUUGGGCACAGGGGCUAUGGUGGUCUGUUUGAAACAUGUAGGUAUUACACACUCGGUCAGAGAGAGGUUGAAAAUGUCAAUAAGAACACUUGCCAGUUGGUCAGUGCAUGCUUUGAGUACACGUCCUGGUAAUCCAUCUGGCCCCGCAGCCUUGUGAAUGUUGACCUGUUUAAAGGUCUUGCUCACAUCGGUUACGGAGUGCGUGAUCACACAGUCGUCCGGAAUAGCUGGGGCUCUCAUGUAUGCUUCAGUUUUGCUUGCCUCGAAGCGAACAUAAAAGGCCUUUAGCUCAUCUGGUAGGCUUGCGUCACUGGGCAGCUCGCGGCUAGAUUAGUACGUAAUAGUUUUCAAGCCCUGCCACAUCCGACGAUCGUCAAAGCUGGUGUAGUAGGAUUCAAUCUUAGUCCUGUAUUGAAGCAUUGCCUGUUUAAUGGUUCGUCUGAGGGCAUAGUGGGAUUUCUUAUAAUUUGUGUCCCGCUCCUUGAAAGCAGCAGCUUUAGCCUUUAGGUCGAUGCGGAUGUUGCCUGUAAUCCAUGGCUUUUCGUUGGGAAAUGUACGUACGGUCACUGUGGGGACGUCGUCGUCAAUGAACUUAUUGAUGAAGCCGUUGACUGAGGUGGUAUACUCCUCAAUGCCAUUGGAUGAAUCCCGGAACAUAUUCCAGUCUGUGUUAUCAAAACAGUCCUGUAGCGUAGCAUCCGCGUCAUCUGACCACUUCUGUAUUGAGCGAGACACUGGUACUUCCUUCUUGCUUGUAAGCAGGAGUCAGGAGCAUAGAAUUAUGGUCAGAUUUGCCAAAUGGAGGGUGAGGGAGAACUUUGUAUGCUUCUCUGUGUGUGGAGUAAAGGUGGUCUAGAGUUUUUUCUCCCUCUGGUUGCACAUGUGACAUGCUGGUAGAAAUGAAGUAAAAAGUAUUUCAGUUUGCCUGCAUUAAAGUCCCCAGCCACUAGGAGCACCGCUUCUGGUUGAGCAUUUUCCUGUUUGCUUAUGGAUUUACACAGCUAGUUGAGUGCAGUCUUACUGCCAGCAUCGGUUUGUGGUGGUAAAUAGACGGAUACGAAUAAUAUAGAUGAGAACUCUCUUGGUAGAUAAUGUUGUCUACAGCUUAUCAUGAGGUAUUCUACCUCAGGCAAGCAAUACCUCGAGACUUCUUUAAUAUUAGAAAUCGUGCACCAUCAAUUAUUUACAAAUAGAUACACACCCCCACCCCCUGUUUUACCAGACGUGGCUGCUCUGUCCUGCCGAUGCACGGUGAAGUCAGGCAGCUCUACAUUAUCUGUGGCGUCAUUCAGCCAUGUCUCGGUGAAACAUAAGACAGUUUUUAAUAUCCCGUUGGUCAGAUAGUCUUAUUCGUAGGUCGUCCAGUUUGUUUUCCAAUGAUUGCACGUUGGCCAAUAACACGGAUGGUAGAGCUGGUUUAUCUACACGUUGGCAAAUUCUUACAAGGCACCCCGCCCUCCCACCCCUUUUCUCACACUUACCUCCACGCUGAUCAAUAUGAGUCAGAAAUGUAUUCUAGUGUCAAAAUUGACUACAAUGUGUAACUAGGACAAAUUUGGUCUUAAAGUUAGUCUUGUCCAAAACUAAGAUUUGCAAAAUGAUAGAAAAGUGGAUGUCACUGAAUAAAGGGCACCAUAACAAUUUUCCAUGGUUUGGGUUUCUUUUAAUCCUGCCCACAUGCCCACACCUGGCAGCCCCCAAGUAAUCAUCAAUUCAGACCGCAGCUGCACGUGAGUUGAUUGUAAUGCCCAUGGUCAAUUUGGUUUGACAUUCGAUAUCCCUAUGGGGCUAGUUAGGGACUUAAAUUACACAAUGUACAUGGGACAAUAUUUUAAAAGGUCAAUAGCUCCAAAUUUCUAUGACUUGGAAACCUCGAACCAACUAUAAAUUGUAGAAAUUCAUAGACAAACAUUGGAAUGCUUUUCAUGAGAAAAAUAAAAGAUGUGCAACAUGAAAAUAUUGUCCCAUUUACAUUGUAUAAUUUAUUGACAGACCCUUACUAGCCCCGGAGAAAUCCUAUCCAAAGUCAAACAGAUUUUGCCAGGGUUGCACACCAGCCAGCUGGAGCUAAUUGGCAAAAUGAUUUGCCUAUCUCUUCCCACCUGCGAACAAACACAAGACACAAGACACCAACAUCAAGCCACACCCCGAAACUAACUCGUUUGAUUUCAGUCAUGGCCGAUAGCAUUUUUAUAUUACAGUUUGACAAUUGCUUACACAUGAUUUCUGAAACUAUGGCUCCUUUUCUCUAGACUCUACACACAAAACCCCAAAACGCACACAUGACAUUCAAAACCAAACACUUAAUUCAAAACUAUUUGAACUCUUCUCAAAAUUGUGAUUUUGCAUCAAAACUCAACACACAAACCAUCAAAUGACUAUCUCUUAUACAUGCCAACUACACACAGGUAUGACAAAUGUAAAACACUACUAUCUUGUGUCUUUUGCAUGUUCUGUGUGCAGUGGAGUUCGUUGCAGUUUGUCAUAGCACUCACAUGUAAACUCAGCAAAAAAAGAAACGUCCUCUCACUGUCAACUGCGUUUAUUUUCAGCAAACGUAACAUGUGUAAAUAUUUGUAUGAACAUAACAAGAUUCAACAACUGAGACAUAAACUGAACAAGUUCCACAGACAUGUGACUAACAGAAAUUGAAUAAUGUGUCCCUGAACAAA